CGGCUGUUGGUCCCGCCUCAUUUUCGAUUUUCUGGAUGUUCAUUGCUCAAACUAGACAGCUAUCGUGUAUUCUUUUGACGUCAUCUAGGCGCUCGAACUCGUUGAUGAUGUUGUGGUUAUCCAUGCCGCCGAUUUAGUGCUUGUGUGUAAAGAUCUCAUUUUGAUCAGUCUCCCCCGCAUGGAGUUGUGCGCUGACCCGGUGGUGGCAACCUUGGAGAUGUCGGAUAUUAAAGGUAAAGAUGGAGAGCUUUCGGAAGGCGACGGUGACUACGAGAGUUUGCCACCUCAUGCCUCAUUGACAAUCCACAUGACAGCCGGAGCCGUGGCUGGAAUCCUGGAGCACACCGUGAUGUACCCCGUGGACUCUGUCAAGGUAGGCAUGCUAGCUAGCUAGCUAGCCCAUCAACAACUGUCAACCAAGUGAUGGGCUCAAUAACCAUUUUCAUUCGUAUCAUUAUGCAUUUCUGCGUUCCAGCUCAUCAGCAAGCAGGGGAGGAAAUAACCUUACCAGUUUUACAUGUGUGAACGCUAGGUAGUUGGCUAGACGCUAGCGCUAAUUAGCCAGCUACUAGCCAGCUAACUUACGCGUUAUGAGACAUGCCUUUGCAUAGCAAUACACUCGCUCGCAUAUGUGAAAUACCCCGUCUCCCUGAACGUACUGGCCCUGUUAAUUAAUGAAACAUCAUGCAAUUGAACUUUUCCAGUAUUUAGCCGCACACUUAGCUACAACUGCUAACUAGCUUAGUUAGCUAGCUUGUUUGCUAAAACUUUCAAAACCAUCAGCCUUCAAGUUCAGAGUGAAGCCUGCACAUGUAGACAUAACUCUCUGACAUUGCCCACACAGAGUGCCCAUUUGUUCUAUACAAUUCUUGACUGUACCCACAUCUGAACUUACUAAACUGAUUGUCAGACAAUUGAGGCAAAAAGGUGACGGUCACAUGGCUGUGCGCCAGGUUAGAGCUGUCAAAGGUGCUCAAAUGUAAUUGACACUGUGGCAAACUGUAGAUAGUGGUUAAUAUUGUUUCACGGUUCAAUGUAAAAUAUACUAAACCAAAUUGUUUAUUCCUGGACUAGAGUCAAAGUUUAUGGGCUUCUAGGUAACCUAUAAUAUGAGGACAUACAAGUUAAGUUUAAGUGGCUGUGAACUUUGUCCCCUGCUAUGCCCCCUCAUUGCAUACCGGUUGUUAUUAUUUCCCCAGCUCAUUCAGUGAAGUUCAUUCAUACACAUUUAUUGAAGUACAUUGCAUGUACAUAGAAACACUUUUGACUUGACACAUCAACAGAGAACACCCUACACAGAAUAAAGCUUGUGGCAAAAAAGGUAUAGGCUACAUAGUCCAACUUUUUAAAUCUCAGUCAGACCAUCAGAAUGAGAUGAUCGGACAUGGAGCCAAAUUAGCCUGUGUGUCUAUUCAACAGGGUUACACAAGCCAUUGUCGCCACUUCCUCCUCUGUAACUGCAAGAAUCUGUAGUUGGACCUUUCACGCUGUCCGUCUUACAACUGAAGGUUUUAGAGCCAGACUUUACACGUCUGGUCAACACACAGCCAAACAUAGCCACAUUGUUCCACCAAUUAGGUGCCUUUUGAGUGCAGUAACUUAGUGAAAAAACGUUUUAUUUCACCAAAUGUUAUAAUUCUGUCAUAAAGAUCACAUGUUCACAAAAAAAACAUGUUUUCCCAUCUCGAAAAAAACACACAAAAAAAGUUGACGACUUCAUCUUAAAUCAUCCCUAAAUCCCCUUGUGACGGGGCAAUUGAAUGCAAGCUUCACAAAAAAAUUUACAUUGUUAAAAAAUGUCUAGCCUGUCUAUGGGUAACAGGGCUGACGUGUUAUGCUCGACCCAUUCAGUGUUCCACCAGUAAAUGGAGUAGUAGUUAGAGUAGAUCCAGCUCACCUGCUUUUAUUUGGUGAAACUUGAAAUGAUUUGGGGUUAAGUGGGUUAAUCUUUCUAGAAGUUAGAGGAUGCACAGAGGGACAUAUCAAAAUGCUGCAUUUUGGCACUUUAGCAAGUCUUUAUUCCUCUUAAAAUUAAAUAUUGGUGCACAAUUUCUACUUACCGUAUCAAAGGGAUGCAAAAGGAACUCAUUUCGUGGACGACCAUGCUAUAAACUUAUUUUUUAUGAAGGAAUAGUUUAGAGUUAUGUAGAUAUCCUAUAGGCCUACUUCUAAUUGUCCACAAAAAUACUGUAUCUUAGGUCUAAAAGUUUAGUGACAUGGGGAAACAUGACAACAACAAAAAAGCUCAUCACUUCAAUUGUAUGUCAUUGGGCUUGGCCUAUUCAGUGGCUGACAUUUCUCAGAGGCUAUUAAGCAAUCACAGAGAAGACGGGAUGAAGAAAGAGGGCACAAGGGGGAUUUCUCGUCUCAGGAGAGACGUGUGACAGUGCAGGAAAGUGUUGACCAAGUCUUGGUAAAGUAAGGAAACAAUAACCUGGUUGUUGACUUUCCUUUGUAAUAAUGAUUGUUAUAACUGACAAUCUUUAUUUUUGAGUGUGGACAAACAAACUUGAGAAUUCACAAAGGCUACAUGAAUUCAUAAAACAAUUACCCAUGUACUAGAUUUAGGACCUACAUGAAUGACACCACAGGACCUGGGCUAUCCUUACUUUCUAUUUGUGGGAGAGUUGUAGGGAGUAACUAUACGUCCCUCUCUGUGCUACUACUAGAAGUGUUGGGUGUUAUCUUCAUCUCCAAGUGUGUAAGCAUUUGGAAUCAGUCACAUACAGAAAAAGGGUGUGUGCACUAUCUUUCUCUUUUACAGCUGAUUAGCAAACUGCCAUACAGCCUCUGCUAGCCAUGGGAUGCACUCCUGAAGUGCAUUUACACUCAUGCCAUGCACAAAUAUUUAAUCAUUACUUUUCAUGUAAAAGAAACACAGAAUACACUGACGUCCAUAGCCUCCAGUAGGUUCUGGUCUCCCAGUUCUAUAAUAAUAAUAAUAAUAUGCCAUUUAGCAGACGCUUUUAUCCAAAGCGACUUACAGUCAUGUGCGCAUAAAUUUUUACGUAUGGGUGGUCCCGGGGAUCGAACCCACUACCCUGGCGUUACAAGCGCCAUGCUCUACCAAUUGAGCUACAGAGGACCACUAUCACGGUAGGGUGACUUUAACCCCUACAGUUUGAGGUUUCUCAGGCUUUUGAUGUUAGCUUGCUGCUGAUGAAGUCACUCCCUGCUGAAGAGUUAAAGCAGCGGUGUCACACAGAAACAGGGAUUCCCUGCCCCAUGUCUACACUACAACCUCCAUUCAUUGUCAUGGAAGAGUGGGGAAAAAACAGUACUUCUUAUGCUGGCCAUAGAACCUUAAUGAAUUUGGCUGUCGCCAGCCCUGCUUUUCUCUCCAGCCCAAAAUAAGCAGGAUGGGCUGGUGCAAUUUUUCCAAUCCAGUGCCCAAUGGGUCCCCUUCCUCCUCGCCAGUUGGAAGGGUGCCAUUAAUGUUAACUGAAAGUGAAGAGUUUUUUAAAACCAAAAUCUUAGCUAAGAAAUACAGUUACCGAAACUAUUUGAGUUGAUCACAUGGAUGUAUUGGAGAGGGGAAUUGUGGUAUACUUUUGUUAUGACUUCACAGAGAGUUAGCCUAGCCCUAGAUCCUGGUAGCAUAUACUUACUAAUAGUUUUAUUACUGUGUCAUCACCAAAUCGUGUUAUUUUAUUUUGAGAUCUACUGCUUCCUCUUAUGAAGUAUGUCUUAAAGAUCCAAUGUAGCUGUUUUUAUCUCAAUAUCAAAUAAUGUAUAUUUAACAAUUAAGUACCUUACUGCGAUAUGUUUUCAAUUAAAAUGGUUAAAAAAAAAAUAUAUAGCGCUUCUUAGUGAAGAGCAAUUUCUCAAGCAAGCAUUUUGCUAGGACUGCCUGAGUGAGGUGCCUAAUUGGAUGAGACUAAUGGGAGGGAUAUGUAACCUGAACUAGCUGUUAUUGGCAGAGAGGUUUGGAACCCACUUUGUUAUUAGUCUAUUAACUUAUACCGCCUGAUGAUGUCUCCAGGCAGGCCAAAACUCCAUCCCACCAAAGCAGGCUGAAAUUUCCAGCGGCCUUUUCAAACAGCUCUUACACUAAAAGGGCAUUAUCAUCAUUUUCACAAUUUCAGUAUUAUUCCUACGUCAUAGUGUGGAAAUAUAUAUAAAACACUCAAAAUAUCACGCCUUUGACUGCACUGUGCCUUUUAAGCCCAUCAGGAAUGCAUUUCCUGGUAGUAAACUAAGAUCAGUUGCAGUAGAACAACGCAAACAAAUGACUCAUUGUGUGUCAUGCAGCAGAUUUAUUUCUCCUAAUUAUUACAUUGUUGGAGAUUUUACAUUACUUAGUUGUCGGACAAGGUGAGAAAAUAAACCAGAUGAAAUAAGGUCACCAAGUUUGUCUAAUAUUCGAUCAAUAGGCUAGUUUCCUAGUUCUUUGGCACAGCCAGAAAGAGUAGCCAUUUUAAUUGCCAGAGGCGUUGUAAUUGCCAGAGGCUGUGAUAAACGCCAACUGGGAUAAAGCAAGCUCUGUUUUGUCAAGUGGCCAAAUGAUUACAGACAGAGGCAGGCAAAGUCUCUCUCUGCAAGGCUGAGCCCAGAAGUACUUAAUGAGCGUAGAGUAUAGAAAAAUAGAAAAAUGUUUGACAGCACAGUCUCAUUCUGUACUCUUUCUUCACCACAUCGCUCAAUUUGUUUUUAGAAACGUCUCACUUCAGUGAUGCUUAAGAGGGGAGGGGACACUUUACUUAUCACUUAAAGGAGGCUCUGACAGGGGGUGGCCAGCACCUGGGCAGAGGUCCAACAUGUAUCAGUAUUACAGCUCUGAGCCUGCUCCCCUUCCCAGGGUGCAGGGUCACACUACUACCGUCUGCAGGGGUAUCUCAUUCUCCACACAUAUCAACUGCUUGUGUGGUCCCCCCCCCCCCCCCCUUAGAGCUCAACUACAGUAGCACUUCUGCAGGAAUGUGAUUAUAUUGUUAAAGUAAAUAGUAUUAAAUAUACAUCUAUAAACCUUCAACAUUUUAUAUAUGUCUAUUAUACAGUACAUCAUGCAGCCUAACUGAUAUCAUGCAGAGAUAAUCCUGUGAAGCUGUAAUGUGUUGUGGUUUCUCUAGAGCAAAGUUGCUAAGUAGAUGGAAUUACUUGGAUGAGGAGGUUGAGAUAAUAACAUAAUAGGGAGGUAAGCUACAGACAUGCAGUAGGCCUGCUGCUGUUAACUAAGGGCUGAAUCCUAACUCGCUCAAGGAUUAGGCCUACAUUGUUAAAUAGUGAGCCACUUCAGUGAGCCAGGUUUUCCUGAGUAGAUCCUUUUUGUUUACAAAAGUACGCUCACUAGGCUAACUCAUUUGUCAGCUUGUGACAAUACCUCUCUGUUCUCCCAGGCUUGGAUCAGAUGCUGAAAACAGGUUAACAGAAAAACCUUAACAGGUGAGGACCAGGGCUGCCCAAAUAUUGGAGUAGGUUCAAAAUCAAAGUCCUUGUACAGAAUUGUUUGAGCAAAUCUGCACGUAUGCGUUUGAUAAAUGAAUGAAGGUCAUUGUCUCUUCAGUUCAAUUGUCUAAUUGUAUCUCUGGCUAGUUGGUGUGCCUUGUUAUGAUGGGUAGGCUAGCUUAUUCCAUACAUUUUGCCUAGGUAAUAACAGUAAAAUAUAUACUGAAUAUACCCAACAUUAGGAACACCUUCCUAAUAUUGAGUUGCACAUCCUUUUGCCCUCACAACAGCCUCAAUUCGUCGGGGCAAGGACUCUACAAGGGGUCGAAAGUGUUGCUCAGGGAUGAAGGCCCAUGUUGACUCUAAUGCUUCCCACAGUUGUGUCAAGUUGGCUGGAUGUCCUUUGGGUGUUGGACCAUUCUUGAUACACAUGGGAAACUGUUGAGCGUGAAAAACCCAGCAGCGGUGCAGUUCUUGACACAAACUGGUGCGCCUGGCACCUACUACCAUACCCUGUUCAAAGGCACUUAAAUAUUUUGUCUUGCCCAUUCACCCUCUGAAUGGCACACAUACACAAUCCAUGUCUCAAUUGUCUCAAGCCUUAAAAAUCCUUCUUUAACCUGUCUUCUCCCCUUCAUCUACACAGAUUGAAGUGGAUUUAACAAGUGACAUCAAUAAGAGAUCAUAGCUUUCACAUGGAUUCACCUGGUCAGUCUGUCAUGGAAGGAGCAGGUGUUAUUAAUGUCUUGUAUACUCAGUGUAUAGUUGUAUAGACUACAGAUAAGGCAUUGCAUUCACCCUUUCAAAGACACGUUGAGAGAUAGAUGCAAGAUAAGUAAUGUCACCUGUAAGUAAAAGAUGACUACAGAAGCUAGUCUUGAAGGCACAUGCAGAAUCAGGCUCCUUGAGGUAGUGCUCAACAAUGUGUGUGAUUUGUGUAGAGUUUUAGUUCAGUUUGACAAACUUCAACUCAAAGUUUUAUGAAUCCCUCAAGCCAGAUGUAUCUGUAGGAAAUUUAAUUUCUAUUUUAUUAUUGGGGGGGGGGGGAACACAAGGCAAAAUGCUAAGAACAAUAAAACAUGGCAUGUCUUUUGGGCUGCACUACAUUUUGGGCCAAAUAAAAUCAUUGUUUGUGCUGUCCAAAUAACUUGGCAUGGCAGGGUAUAACAGUGAACUGCCACAGCCCCCCACCCUAGGCCUGGGACACACACACACACACACACACACACAUCACUCAGAAAGGACAUGAGUUCUGCCAAGAACAGACAUGAUCAAAAACAUGGCGAGACAUAAAAUCACUGGAGAAACUAUAACCUCCGAAACCCAGGUGAGUGUGGCGGUUUGACUAUAGUCUGUAAUUUAGCAGGUUGUAUAGACUACUUCAUGAGAAGCUAGGGUCUCUCACUUCAAAUAUCCUUCUUUCUCCAGACCAGGAUGCAGAGUUUGCAGCCAGACCCUAAGGCUCAGUACAGCAGCGUGUACGAGGCCCUAAGAAGGAUCGUCCGGACGGAGGGUCUCCUCAGACCCCUAAGGGGCCUCAACAUCACAAUGCUGGGGGCCGGCCCUGCCCACGCCAUCUACUUUGCCUGCUACGAACGUGUCAAGCACACACUCAGCGAGGUCAUUCAGAAUGGAGGAAACAGCCACAUAGCCAAUGGUGCAGUACAGUUCUGUUUCCCUUGGAAUUCUAACUCACACUACACACUGGAAGGUCAGGGAACAUGGCACAGGAAGAAGUUAAUUGUUUUGGUAGUUUACAUCUUUAGUCAUUUAGCAGACGCUCUUAUCCAGAGCGACUUAGUUAGGUGAGUGCAUAUUUUUUAAUUUUUUUUCAUACUGGCCCCCAGUGGGAAUCGAACCCACAACCCUGGCGUUGCAAGCGCCAUGCUCUACCAACUGAGCUACACGGGGCCCCAUAGUUGUAGUUGUGUUGGCAGUUUUGAUAAACUAACAGAAUAAACAAUUGGCUUGGUGAGAACUGAUGUAUUAUUACGUGAGGUAUUGUAUGUUGAUGGGUGGUAACAUGCGGAGGCCUGACUGACUCUGUCUUUGUUCCAACUAGGACUGGCAGGCUGUGUGGCCACUGUGCUGCAUGACGCGGUCAUGAACCCAGCUGAAGGUAAGGCUUUCAAAGGGGGCUUUGGAGUGUUAGAUUUGUACAGUAUAUUAACCCCCUUCUCUUAAUUUCCCUGUCUGUGUGGUGGUGCUGUCUUUAAUGGUGUUUUAGUGGUGAAACAGCGGAUGCAGAUGUACAACUCUCCCUACCGGAACCUGUUGGACUGUGUUCGGACUAUACAGCGCACUGAGGGGCUCGCAGCCUUCUACCGCAGCUACAGCACACAGCUGGCCAUGAACAUUCCCUUCCAGGCGGUCCACUUUAUGACCUAUGAGCUGAUGCAGGAGCGCCUCAACCCCCACAGACAGUACCACCCCAGCAGCCACAUACUGUCUGGGGCUGCGGCGGGGGCUGUGUCUGCAGCCAUAACCACCCCGCUAGACGUGUGUAAGACCCUGCUCAACACACAGGAGAACGUAGCGCUCAGCUCCAUGCACAUCAGUGGUCACCUCACAGGCAUGGCCAAUGCCUUCAGGACAGUGUAUCGCCUCGGUGGCAUGGCUGCCUUCUUCAAAGGGAUCCAGGCCCGGGUCAUAUACCAGAUGCCCUCCACUGCCAUCGCAUGGUCAGUCUAUGAGUUCUUUAAGUACUUCCUGACCAAGCAGCAGAUGGAGCGAGAGGCUGGGACAGCAGGCCCAGACUGA